AUGUGGACAAGGAAGCACAAAUACGUUCACCAGGAGAAUAUUGUUGUGGAAGGCAACUGUAGUGCUAUGAUACAGAAGAUCCUUCCACCAAAACACAAGGACACUAGAAGUGUGACUUUUCCUUGUUCAAUAGGUGAAGUCACGGUGGGAAAGACUCUCAUUGACUUGGGAGCCAGUAUCAACUUAAUGCCACUCUCCAUGUGUAGAAGGUUGGGAGAGUUGGAAAUCAUGCACACCAGAAUGACUUUACAACUUGCUAAUCGAUCCAUCACAAGGCCUUAUGGGGUAAUUGAAGAUGUUCUAAUAAGAGUUAAGCAGAUGAUCUUUCUAGCUGACUUUGUGGUCAUGGAUUUGGAGGAAGACCAUGAGGUUCCCAUCAUUUUGGGACGACCCUUUAUGUUAACUACAAGCUGUGUAGUUGACAUGGGUAGAAAGACAUUGGAAAUGGGUUUUAAAGAUCAGAAGAUCAAUUUUGAUCUAUUUGAAGAAGACAAGCCUAUGUCGGAUUAG